GUUGUGACCUAACAGGAAGUCAAUCCAGCCGUUUCACGUUGUAGGCAGCCAGCCCAUGCUUACUUUCACGCAGGCAAGUGAAUUCACCUCCAAGUGGAGAAGUCUUUUCUUCUGUAUACAAAGUAAUAUAAAUACACAGGUUUUAUCUAGCAACAAUGGGCGGACAAGCAAAAGCUAAAAAGAAAAACAAAGCUAAAAGAAAAGACACCAAACCAAAUGGAGGUGCCUUGAUGUCACCUCAGGAAAGAAUGAGAGCAAAGAUGCAGGAAAGGGCCAAAAAGAAAACAGCUGAAAAAUACACUGUUGAUCAAUUAUUGGAAAAGACUGAAGAGUGUAUAGACAACUUUGACUUUGACAUGGCCAGGCUGUACUGUCAGCGAGCGCUGGAUAUUGAACCAACUAACCUGACCAUCCUGGACAUGCUGGGGAACAUCUGCGCUGAGCUGGGAGAUGUAGAGAAAGCUAAACAGGUGUAUCUGAAGGCAGUGGAGCUCAGUCCAGAGGAGGGCCACAGUAAGUACAUGUACCUGGGGCAGAUUCACACGGGCAUGGAGGCUGUACAGUACUUCAGUAAAGGAACUGAGGUCAUGCUUAACACCAUGGACAAACACACUAAUGAGGCUAGUGCAUUUGGAGCGGCCGCAUUUCCCUCUGAGGGUGCCGUCACAAAGAAAGAGGUGUCUGUGGCCUUCUGUUCCAUCGCUGAGAUCUUCUUCACAGAUCUCUGCAUGGAGGAGGGCGCUGCUGACCGCUGCAAAGAGGCCAUCGAUAAAGCUCUACUGUACGACGAACACAACCCUGAGGCUCUGCAGCUGAUGGCCAGCUACCUGUUCAGCAUUGAGAAAACUGAGGAGGGGCGUGAGUACCUGAAGAAGAGUGUGUCGUCAUGGUUACCUAGCCUACAGAAAAAGGAAGAGUCCUCGGCGAGUGCAGCGCACGACAUGGAGGAGGAAGAAAAUCAGACUAAGAGCAACAUCCCGCCUUAUGAAUCCAGAAUAACAACAGCCAAACUGCUGAUCGAGGCUGAGGAGUAUGAGGCAUCUGUUACUCCAUGUGGUGUGCGUCAGUUGAUAAACGAGGCUUGGAUGGUCCAACCCCCAGGGACCAAUCCCCGCAGAGUGCUCACCUGUCGCCAGGUAACCAUCACCGUGGCGAACCUGUCACCACGACAACCUAUUGCUCAGGCAAAAACCUGUCACCAUGGUAAAACUGUCACUGCUGUGGACUCAUCCGUGACUAAUCCACAAUAUCCUUAACUUUUCUGCUUCUCUUGCCAUGUUUGAGUCUGAAAUCAUCUGUAUGCAUGUGUAUCUGAAAGCAUCCAUCUCGCUGUCUUCCUGCAGUGGUUACAUACAGCAUGUGAGCAGAUGUUUGUCCUAUUAGUGAUUCAUUUACUUGGUAUUCUGACUUUUAAAUGUUUUGUGCGUGUCUUAGCAGUCUGUUUAAUCUGUUUAAAUCCAGAUUUGCAUGUGUUUUCAGGGCUUCUUAACUGGGUUAUGUGAGAUAACUAAUAAAUAUCUUUAUUUUUCAGUCAUUUGGUUAUAUUUGAUGGAUAUCUUAAAGGGGUUAUGACAUGAGAAAUCAAAUUUUCCUUGAUCUUAUGACAAAUAAGAAGUCUUUGUACCAUUAAAACAUCCUGCAAGUUUCAAAGCUUAAAACGUCGUCCUCAUUAUACAAAGUAUUUAUUUAAUCAAGUUUUAAAAAUGGCUUGAGGAUAGCGGGAUCUGUGACAUCAUACGGGCAAAUACAUUUGCAUAUGACUGCCUCCAGAGCAAGAUAUCGUCAAAUAAUUUUACAUCACACCAUAGGCCCUGCCCACUGGUGUUCAGUCACUUAACGGAUUUGCCUACAUGAUUUGGAUGUAAGUGUUGCAUGAAAAGCCCAUUAUAAUAAUCUCUGACGCUGUCUACACUGGAUACAGUAUACAGGUUCAGUUUCUGUCAUACUCCAUGCACUUGAGUCUUUUGACAAGAGGACAAAUACUGAAAGAACGUUUACUUUGACUCAUCCAGUUUAAACAACUCAUUUGCAUCUCUGUACAACCCCAGUGUUGGAAAACAACGGGGUGGUGUAUUUUAAUGGCAUCCCAGAUUGCAAUGGAGGAUUAUAUGUUUGUUAGGAAAAUUUGACUGCAGAUUGUUUUGUAAAAGAGGCACAGUGUGAUGGAGAGUACGCGAAGAAACAGUUGAAGCAGCCAACUGUAUUGGAUCUGACAGCAUCUGCAUCACAAACCUUAAGUAAAUUAUUUAAUAAUGCUUUGUCUGUAAAUGUUGAUUUUAUAUGGAUAAUCAGGGCUUGACAUUAACUUUUUUGCUCACCAGCCACAGUAGCUAGUCACUUAGCAUUUUCACUGGUCACAAUUUUGACAUUGAUACAAUGGGGAAACUGCCAUAUAGAUAUUUUUAAUA